AUGACCACGUCGUCCAUCGAACCCAUCGUCGACUCAUUCAAACAGGCGGGCCAGGAGCAGCUUUUCAAGUACUGGGACGGCUUGUCCCUCUCCCAGCAGCAGAGCUUCGCCAAGCAGCUCUCGCAAAUCCCCAACCCGGCCAAGUUGAUGUCGCUGGUGAAGCAGGCGAUCGAGUACCUGAAAAACGCCGCUCUGGCCCGUCAGUUGACCCAGCUCCCGUCGUCGCAAACGGCGCUGGUUGACGACGCCGACGCCGCCACUCAGCAACAGUGGACCCAGGCCGGUUUGCUGGCCAUUAAGGCUGGCGAAGUCGCCGUGGUGUUGAUCGCCGGGGGCCAAGGUACGCGUCUCGGGUCGCUGGCGCCUAAAGGGUGCUACGACGUCGGCUUACCUUCGAAAAAGCUGUUGUUCCAAAUCCAGGCGGAACGGAUCAUUAAGAUCCAACAAUUAGCCGGUGGUGUUAUUCCCUGGUACAUCAUGACCUCAGCUCCCACGCGUCAACCCACGGAAGACUUCUUUGAGGCCCACAACUACUUUGGCCUCGACAAGUCGCAAAUCAUGUUCUUCAACCAAGGUACUCUCCCUUGCUUCAACGAGGACGGUACUCAGAUUUUGUUGGAACAAAAAGACCGCUACUGUGAGUCGCCCGACGGUAACGGUGGCUUCUACAAGGCGUUGCAAACCGGUCCCAUCGACGACAUGCAAAAGAGGGGGAUCAAGCACCUCCACUUGUACUGUGUCGACAAUGCCCUCGUCAAGGUGGCUGACCCCGCCUUCCUCGGGUUCUCCAUCACCAAUAAGUUUGACCUCGCCGCUAAGGUGGUGCGCAAACGUGACGCUCUGGAAAGUGUCGGGUUGAUCGUGAUGGAUGAGGGCACUGGUCGUCCCUGUGUCAUUGAAUACUCGGAAAUCACCCCCGAGCUCGCCCUGCAAACCGACCCUGCCAACCCCGGGCGGUUGUUUUUGCGUGCUGCCAACAUCGUCAACCACUACUACUCGGUGGACGCGUUGGUGAAGCUGUUGCCCGAGUGGGUGGACUCGCCCCAGUGGUUGCCGUUCCACAUUGCCAAGAAGAAGAUCGCUGGCUUGAACGAAAAGGGUGUCUACACUAAGCCCACUGAACCCAACGGGAUCAAGCUCGAACAGUUCAUCUUUGACGUGUUCCCCCUGGUGCCAAUGAACAAGUUCGGGUGCUUAGAAGUUGAACGUAGCGACGAGUUUUCGCCGCUUAAAAACGCCGACGGCGCCAAAAACGAUACCCCGACCACCUGUCGCAACCACUACCUCGAAUUGGGCACGCUGUGGGUGCGCAACAACGGCGGUAUUGUCGACGGGCUUGUGGAAGUGACCCCCGCCACCAGUUACGGCGGCGAAGGGUUGGAGUUUGUCAAGGGUAAAGUGUUUGCCAACGGCGACAUCAUCUAG